AUGUCAGCCGCCAGAGGAGGCAUCAUUCAACCGCCGCGAGGUCGUCCCUCAAAGGUGACAAAACCCGCCGCCACACCUCGUCGUCCCGCUGCUCGUCGCGCCGGACUUCAGGACACCGUCCCUAACCAAGACCCGGACCUCGAGCCGCACCAUGAGCAUGAGCACGAGCAUGAACAUGAGCACGAGCACGAGCACGAGCACGAGCACGAGCAUGAUCCCGAACAAGAUCACAGCCAUGAGCACGACCUAGGCCCAGGGCCUGACGAGCUUGACCAGCAGCAGCACCAUGAUCAUCACGGCGAUUUCGAUCCAGAGGCUGCCGCUGCUGCCGCCGCCGCCGCUGCCCAGCACUCUGCCGCCCAGCAACAACAGCAGCAACAGCAGAUGGACCUUAGCACUGCCGCCAGCAUCCUGGCCAGCAGCGGUGCAGGUCCCAUGGGCGUAAACCCUCAUGAACAUCCAGACUUUGACCAGAUGGGCCAGCACGAUGGCACCGACGAUUUAUCCCACACCACCGAGAGUCUAGCUCUUCAGUCAGGAUACCAGAACGUCAUCGUGGAAAGUGCGUUGGCGAAGCGGCUGGCACGGGAGCCGGGCAUGCGGCUGGCACAGCAGAGGCGACCAGAGCAGCAACUUAACCUGCAAAGACGCAGUAAUGUUGAAGCCUUAUUUGCUCACAUUGCUGGCGAGUCGGCACCGGUUCCCUGCAAGAACUGUCACAAGGGCCACGGACCGUGGACGACUUGCGUGAUCGUGGAUGGUCAGAUGUGUGGUAGUUGUGCCAACUGUUGGUUCAAUGCUUCGGGAGCCAGAUGUUCAUUCCAUGAAACUCGCAACCCGGCCGCUCACGCAGGAACAGUGAUGGGCGAUGCGGCUUUCAACAAUCUAGCUAUCCCCUCUGCUGCUCUUGGGGGUUUCAAUUACGUAUCUGGGCCUGCUUCGGCUGAUCCUGUUGUGAAAUACACCAUUGAGCGCGCCAUGGCCGACAUCCGUGCCGCAGACAAGAGGACUCGCCAAAUGCUGAUGAUCGAGGCAGCAGCCAAACAGCUAGCUUUCCAAAUUGUUGCAUAUGAAGAGACACUUCAUGAGGAACAAGUCCAUGAACAACAUGCUCAAGUUCAAGCUCAAGCGCAGGGCCACCCCCCGCCUCCGGAAGCCAUAAUGGAAGAGCCCGACGCUCCUUAG